CGACACGUCAACCCCCAACCUAGCUUUCGGCGGUGAAGCCUCACUUCCGCCGCCGAGAAAUUUGUAGGCCGCCGACCUUUCCUCCCAGUCUGCUCCGCGCCGGCCUGCCUUGCGAUUGGCCGAACCGCCCAACGUGAUGCCAGGCUGGCGGCGGCGGUUGCCCGGGUGACGGAGCGCGGACCCGCUGAGUGCUGUGUUGGCGGCGGAGCAGCAGGGAGUCGCUGUGGGACUCCGGGUGGCGUCACCAUGGGCGACGUCCUGGCUCACGAGUCGGAGUUGCUGGGACUGGUAAAAGAGUAUUUAGAUUUUGCGGAAUUUGAGGACACCUUGAAAACAUUUUCAAAAGAAUGCAAAAUAAAAGGAAAACCGUUCAGUAAGACAGCAGGUGGCUGUUUAAGGGACCCCAGAUCGCCAGCUGUCCAGGAGCUCCUGGCCGCCUUCGAGGGCGGGGACCAGAAGGUGUUCUUCCGCCUGUGGGAGGAGCACGUCCCCGGCGCCGUCAGGGACGAGGACGCCCUGGUACAGAAGCUGGAGUUCUACCUGCACAUCCACUUCGCCAUCCACCCGCUCAAGCGCGGCGCCGGCCGGCCGGACAAGCGGGAGCUGGACGAGAGGAUUUCGUACUUCAGAUCCUUCCUGGAGACCAGAGGGACAGCACUGAGCCAGACCACCGAGUUCCUGCCCUUCUACGCCCUCCCCUUCGUGCCCGACCCCCGGGCACACCCCUCCUUUAAGGAGCUCUUCCAGGAUUCCUGGACUCCAGAGUUAAAGUUGAAGCUCGAGAAGUUUCUAGCACUAAUUUUUAAAGCCAGUAACACACCCAAGCUUUUAACAAUCUAUAAGGAGAAUGGACGACACAACAAAGAAACGCUGCAGCGGCUGCACCAGCAGCUGGUCGAGGCUGAGCGCCGGUCCAUGACAUACUUGAAGCGGUACAAUAAGAUCCAGGCCGACUACCACAACCUCAUUGGGGUCACGGCUGAGCUGGUAGAUUCUCUAGAGGCCACGGUCAGCGGCAAGAUGAUCACUCCUGAGUACCUGCAGAGCGUCUGCGUCCGCCUCUUCAGCAACCAGAUGCGGCAGAGCCUGGCGCACAGCGUGGACUUCACCAGGCCCGGCACGGCCUCGACCAUGCUGCGCGCCUCCCUGGCACCUGAGAAACUCCAGGACGUCCCCCUGCUGCCCUCCCUGGACUACGAGAAGCUGAAGAAGGACUUGAUUUGGGGGAGCGACCGCCUGAAAGCCUUUUUGCUGCAGGCUCUGCGCUGGCGCCUGACCACGUCGCACCCCGGAGAGCAGCGCGAGACGGUGCUGCAGGCCUACAUCGGCAACGACCUCCUGGACUGUCACAGCCGCCCGCAGAGGAGCGUGCUGCAGCUGCUGCACUCCAAGAGCGAGGUGGUCCGGCAGUACAUGGCCCGGCUCAUCAACGCUGUGGCAUCGCUGGCCGAAGGUCGCCUCUACCUGGCCCAGAACAUGCAAGUGCUGCGGAUGCUGGAGGCCAGGCUGAAGGAGGAGGACAAGGACGUGGUGGCCCGUGAGAAUAUGCUCGGGGCUCUGCAGAAGUUCAGCCUCAGGCGCCCGCUGCAGACGGCGAUGAUCCAGGAUGGCCUCAUCUUCUGGCUGAUCGAGGAGCUGAGGGAGCCUGACUGCCUGUCCGACUACAUGCUGGAGUACGCGGUGGCCUUGCUCAUGAACCUGUGCCUCCGCAGUGCAGGGAAGAACAUGUGUGCCAAGGUGGCGGGCCUGGUGCUGAAAGUCCUUUCGGAUCUCCUCGGGCAUGAGAAUCACGAGAUACAGCCAUAUGUGAAUGGAGCUCUGUACAGCAUCCUUUCCAUUCCAUCCAUUCGGGAAGAGGCCAGAGCAAUGGGCAUGGAAGACAUCCUGCGCUGCUUCAUCAAAGAAGGCAAUGCCGAAAUGAUCCGUCAGAUAGAAUUCAUCGUCAAGCAGCUCAAUUCCGAAGAGCUGCUGGACAGUGUUCUUGAGUCUGACGAUGAUGAAGAUGAAGAUGAGAUCAUUCAUCUUCGAGGCCAAUUGACUGGAAGCUGGUUGGCCUGCAGUAUUAUGUAUCGAAAGAGUCCAGUUAAGAAUCGUGUGGUGUCACAGGAUCACAGAGCCGCUGCGGGGAAGCUUCGUAUGGGAACAUCGACAUUCAUCUGGGCUCAGGAGGACCAUGACACCAUGGAAGCCGACCUGGACAAGGACGAGCUGAUCCUGCCCCAGCUUGGGGAACUCUCGGGCGAGAAGCUCCUGACCACGGAGUAUCUGGGGAUCAUGACCAACACGGGGAAGGCACGGCGGAGGGGACAGCCCGGCUUGUGGCAGAGUGGGGACGAGCCCCUGCAGAGACCCGUCACCCCCGGCGGCCACAGGACUGGGUGCCCAGUGUUUGAGGACCAUCUUGCUUCUCCCCAGAACUUGAAACCAGCCAGAAAUGGGUUCCCUCAGGCCCUGCCAGCCUCACCCCAGGCCGGCUAUGUGGAGCCCCAUCUGCCCUCCCCCACAGGCACGGACGCCACAACAGGACACCUGGAAGGGCCAUGCCUGCCACCCACGGUGACACCUGGCCAGCCAAAGGAGGCGCCCCAGGACCCAAGCAGCCGAGAGACCACCAGACUAUUUCCCUUGGCCUUCGCCUGCAAGCCCCGGACGCCGUGCACUCUGGGGACCCUGGAGCCAAACCCCCCCAAGGUGAAGGCAUCAGUGCCGGUGUCCAGUUCUCCUCCUGUGGCCCUCAGCAGCCCAGCCGCCCCGGCUCCACCUCGUCCUCCACCAGGGGCCUGCAGAACGGCCAGUCCUGCCGGGAGUGAGAGGGGCUGCCAUCCUGGGUGUCACCGUCACGUGGCCCAAGGACCAGCCAGCAGCCGCAGGUGGCAGACGUGAAGAGACAGGUGUCUGCAAGACGGCGUGUGGCACUCCAGCCAGGCACAGGGGCAGGACUGCCUCCCUGGGGCUGUCGGCUGCCACACCCUGGAAGGAGAGAGGCGGCCCUGGCCUCGGGGACCUUCUGGUCAGGAACAGCAGGCUGUGCAUUUGGAGUCCUCGGCCUUCACAGGCACCUGGAGCAGACAGCUUGAGGCCAGACCACCAGCCCCUCCCGGGACCAGCAACAAGGGUGGACUCGUGGGAGCCAGCUGUCCUCACAGGGAAGCUGCUGGGGACCAGGAUGCAAGGAAGGGAGCCUCGUUCGGGCCACCUGCCUCCACACCACACUGAGCAUUUUCCUCUGCUCUCAGACUCUGGUAAUGAAUAUGCUGUGUUCAGUAUGUUCAAAGCAGCCCUGCACCUCUGCACACGUUUUUAAAGGCCUUAGAAAGUUGCCCAGUUUAAUUAAUGCUGUUUCCUACUCCCCAUUAAGACCACAAACAGGGCCAGGGAUUUAGCUCAGUGGUGCUGCUGCCAGCCUUGCAAGCACAGGGUCCCGAGUUCGAUCUCCGGUACCAAAAAAAACCCCCACAAAAUAAACCUCUCCUUUACGUUUUGAGUGUCAGGUAUUCUGUCCCAGUGAUGGGAAAGUGACUAAUGCAGUGGGUCAGCAGAGGGGAUGGGGCUUGGUGACUGGGUGUGCAUCGGUGGCCAGAGUGCACCCAGGGGCCUCACCGUGUGUGGCAUCGGUUGUCACCCGAGUGCUUUUUCUCCAGGGAGGUCUCGUCCUGCAGCAGGCCAGCUGGAGCUUGUCCACACAGUGGCCCCAGGGAUCCUACCACAGGAAGACCAAGCCCAAGGCUGUCCAAGCCUCCAUCGGCAUCACAUGCACUGUCCUGCCCCCAGGCUGAGGCCAGAGUCUGCACAGAAGGCCAUGGUGGGGCUGUUCCUGCCACUGCUCCACGCUCACCUCACUGCAGUGGGGCCUCUUAUUCCUGGGGGGCUGCUGUGUUGGGAUGUGGAGACUCAGUCCCCCAGCCUCAAGCUGCUGCCCAUCUUCCAGUGAGAAUCCUGGCCUCUGGGGACAACCGCGGUCCAGGCCAGAGCUCAGGGCUCCAAGGAAGGACAGGCAGAUUCCAGGGGAAUCUUGCAGGAUCAGGAAAAGCCGGGCCUGGAGAGACCUAUCUGGUCACUCCACAUGGGGUCAGGGCCUGGGGGGACUGCAGGUGAGGGUUCCCAGAGCAGGGGCCUAGAGACACUGUCCCCAGACAGCUCAGGGUGUAAGGGGCAGGGCCUUGGCCAGCGGACACCUGGCAGAGCGGGCCAGGGCAGGAGCUGGCACCUGAGCUGUGGGGUGGAGGCUGCAGCAAGCCCCGGAGCUGGACCCUGAGGGGUACGGAGAGCAAGGGGCCCCAGAGCCCCUGUGUCACCCAGGCAGGAGGCAGCAGUGUGCUGAUGCCGGCCCCUGUGAGCUAUGCUGGCAUGCCUGCCAUCUCAGCUCUUGGGAGGCUGAGCCAGGAGGAUGGCCAGUUCAAGCCCAGCCUGGGCAACCUAGCAACUUAGGGAGACCCUGCCUCAAAAUAAAAAAUAAUAGAAGGGUCUGGGGAUGUAGCUUAGUGCAAAGGCUCUGGAAUCAAUCCCCAGGAUCGGGGGGGGGGAAAAUGAUCACUAAAUUGUCAGAAGUUCUGUGAGCUUAUUUUAAAUAUAGCCAUUACCAAAACCUAAUCUAUAAACAUACAAUUCAAUAAGUUCUAUUAAAACAAAUGGGUGAUAAAUACUGAAAGCUCAUCUCCUAAUUAUUCUUUUACCCUUGUUUUGUUUUUUGUUUUGGGGGGUUUUUUGGUACUAGGGAUCGAACUCAGGACCUUGCAGGUGGGGGCACCACUGAGCUACAUCCCUAGCCCGUUUGUUGAUUUCUCCAUGGUGGCCAUUCCUUCUGGAGCGCCGGCCCCUAAUCCCUUCAUUUCCUUCACUAUUGCCUGCCCUGGAAGCUGCCUUUGGCUAUUAUGCUUUAUCUCUUGCACCUCUAGUCUUCCUGUCUCUCUCCCAGUUUGUUGAGGGGCGUCGCUCUGGUGGCCAGAGACUGGCUGCGGCAGGGCAUGUACAGCAUGCGGAAGGGCAAGUGACACGGGCGACAGCCUUCUUCCCAGAAGGCGGCCGAUGCUGUUUACCGGCACGCUGCUGGCGGUGGGGCCGCGUAGAAUAGAGAUCAGAGCAGGGCAGCAAAAUUUUCUGGGUGUAGUGGCGCAUGCCUAUAAUCCCAG